AUGUUGAUUACUCUAGAAUGCAUUCUACUUGCGUUGCAGGCGGUUGCUGCAGUUCAACUUGCAUUAGAAUCACCGAUUGGAAUUACCAGUCAAUCAAACAAUAGGCUAUCAAAACGAUCACCCGUUGAAUUGAGUGGUGAUAUCAAGACAUGUUACACAAUGAAAUUUAAUAUUGAUGGAGUUGAUUUGGAUUUAUAUGUCGAUUCAGCAAUUUCUGAUAUGAUGGUACCACUUUCUAGCCCAACCAAAAAUGUAGGUCCGGCUCUGCAACACACUCCAAGUGAGAAGCCUGUUUCUAUAAAUUACAAAGGCAAUGAUUGUAAAGGAGUUAGUUCCGAAGCUGCUGUGACGAUUCCGGAUACUAGGAUAACUGGCGUCAAUUUACCAGUAAUAGCAGUUGAAAAACAAUCGGCAGAUUUAAUUGGCAUCAAUGAAAGGUUCAAUGGAAUAUUCGGGUUUGGCCAUUCCUUGUUAUCAAAUCAUCAUACAUCAACCACUGCAAUAGAUGUUUUGUACAGCAAAAAUGUCAUUCCCAAUAACGAGGUUGGCCUUCAACUAUGUCCUUAUGAGAUGUCACAGGAAAGCUUCAUCAAUAUAGGAAACACGGACAUAACUCCAAAAUGUGGAACGGAUGGAAGGAGUGUUGCAUGGGUAGAGUCACCAUCAGACGAUCACUUUGCCAUCAACAUCAAAGAUAUACUAGUCAAUGACAAACCAGUGAAUUUGCCUGCUGAAUUUCAAAAAACAAUAAUGGAAAAUGGUCAUACUUUGUACUCGGUUGUGGAAACGUGUUCUGCAUAUAUGCAAUUUCCUAAAGUAGUCGUGGCAGCAUUGGUUAGUGCUAUUCUUGAUAGUGGUGCGAUCACUGCCAAGAAUACUAUGUUUAGGAGCAAGCUCGACAAGGAUGAAAUUCAAGGCAUAUUUUGGGGAAACUAUCUAAUGCCUGAAUUGAAUUUCAAUAUCAAUUGGGACAUGAUGCCAACAAUUUCAGUUGCAAUGUUUGCUGAAAACCCCGUAACUGUUGAUAAUCGCAACUCUAUUGUGAUGAUUGAACUGGGUCCCAAAGACUAUAUGCAAAUAGUAGAUUCUAAAUAUGUUGUGUUUGCUAUAAAAGUUGGCUCAAAUGACAAUGCAAAUCUUGGUAUACCAUUUAUGACCCGACUUGUAUUGACAUUUGAUCGAAAACAUAAACGCAUUGGGCUUGGUCCUGGAUGUGGAUGCGAAACUAUAACAGAUGGAUAUCCUAUUAUUUCAACUCAUUAUCAAGUGCUCUGGCCAUCAUCACAAUUGCCUAAACAACCAAGUACUUCAGGUUCAGAUGGCACAUUUAUUCGCAGAAGGAAACCAUCAACUACAACUGAUCAAGUAGCUGUAUCUGAAAAAACUCACCAAACUGUCAAGAGUCACAAACAGACUCUCAAUAAACUCGACUGA